AUGGAAUAUUCAUGCCUUGGAUUAAAUGAUUUAGCUGAUGAAAUUCUUAUGAUUAUUUUCAAAAAACUGGAUAAUAUUGAAGUACUUUAUUCUUUACUAGGUGUCAAUCAACGCCUAAAUAAAAUUGUUCACGAUUCAGUUUUUACAAAUAGUUUAUUUCUUUUCAAUGAAUUGCGUAAUGAUAUGAUACGUGAUCGAUUUUGUUCAAAAAUUUUACCUGAAAUUCAUGAUAAAAUCGAAUGGCUUCAUCUUGAAUCAUCACAUAUGAAACAUGUUUUGCAUGCUACUAAGUAUCCUAAUUUAUAUGGUCUCGGCCUGUAUAAUAUUAACGAAAACUUAGUUCAAUGCCUUUUCAAUGCAUUAUAUGAACCAUCAUAUCAAAGUUGUGCUCGAUUAAAUUUUAAUGAUUCAUUACAUCCUUAUAUUCGUUCUUCAACUCUUUUGAAAUUGAAUAUCAGCGUACAAUGUUUUGAUGAUUGUCUUUGUAUUCUCGAUGGUCGUUUUAAUCAACUUUACUCAUUCUCUGUUGACUUGGGUUAUAUUCAUAUUCCAGAAGAAAUGGAAAAUCGAGGUGAUUUACCAAAUCUAAAUGAACUUGUUAUUAUCGAUGUCCAUGAUGAUUAUAUAGAAGAAUUUCUAUUUGAUACUAAAACAUAUUUACCAUAUAAUAUUAUUCUUCAUAUCAAUCAUGAAUCUUUACAACGUGUAACAAACAAUUUCACAAGAGAUGCUACACGAAUUAAUUGUGCCAAAAUAAAUAAAUUAAAUUUAACUGGCGAAUUAAAAUGUUCGAAUUCUUUAAAAGAAUAUUUUCCAUAUGCAGAAAUACGUUAUCCAUUAAUACAUUGA